UGGGGGAAGCUUGUAAGAAACAUGAGUUUGGAAACGCUUGAAGCAAAUACAAUGUUUCACCAGCCUUUCAUCUAAUGUUUGUUCUGAGGCGAAAGAUUAAGAUUUAAAAACUGUUUGCUUGCCCAGCAAAAGUUGGGCGUCGUGGCUCGAAUCCUGGCACACUCUGGGGCACUUUUCUCGCUACAGCCUGGAACGCGGGGCGCAACCUUCAUGGGCUAAAAAUUCAGUUACAACACCACUGCUUUCCCAAGGCUCUACCAUCAACCAACUUCGACACCACCCCGCCAUCCCCGGAAAGCCACUGAGUCGCAUUUGGACAAUUGUUGCGGCAUACGGCUAUUACACGUCGGAUCAAUUUUAUAGAAAUCCGAAGCUAACGGGGUCUCGCAAUCAUGGACGGCAAAGAAGAAGAUGUUGAUCUCUACGCUCUCCUCGGCGUAGACAAGUCUGCCAGCCCAAAUGAUAUCAAGAAGGCCUAUCGAAAGUUGGCCCUGCUACACCAUCCCGACAAGGUCUCCGAAGACAAGCGUGUCGAGUCCGAGGCCAAGUUCAAGGCCAUCACACAAGCCUACGAGAUUCUUCGCGAUGACGAGAAGCGCGAACUCUACGAUACUCAUGGCAUGGCUGCCUUUGACCCAUCAAGAGGCGGCGGCCCGGGCGGUCCGGGCAUGGACAUGAACGACAUCCUUUCCCAGAUGUUCGGCAUGGGCGGUAUGGGUGGCAUGCCCGGUGGUGGCCGUGGUAUGCCCAGACGUCCCAGACGCAGCCCCGACGAAGAGCAGGCCUACAAGGUGACACUGGAAGAACUUUAUAAGGGGAAGACUGUCAAGUUCGCCGCCGAGAAGCAGGUUGUGUGCAGCCAGUGCAAGGGCAGCGGUGCGAAGGAGAAGGUUGCGCCAAAUCCAUGCGAGAAGUGCCGCGGUCAGGGUGUCAGAGAGAUUCUCCGCCCAUUCGGCCCAGGUCUCGCUCGUCAAGAAAUUAUUCGUUGCGACCACUGCGAGGGCUCGGGCAACUACUACAAGGAGAAGGACAGGUGCAAGAAGUGCAAGGGCAAGCGGACUGUCAAGGAGAAGAAGGCGCUGGAGCUCUACAUCGACCGUGGCUCCAUGCAAGGAGACCGCAUCGUGCUCCAAGGCGAGGCAGACCAAUUGCCAGAUCAAACCCCCGGCGAUUUGAUCUUCCACCUUGUCGAGGAGCCCCAUGACGUCUUCACCCGUAUCGGUCACGAUCUCUCGACCGAUCUCAAUGUCACGCUUGCUGAGGCUCUCACCGGCUUCUCUCGCGUUGUGGUCAAGCACCUUGAUGGCAGAGGUAUUCACAUCAACUACCCUCGCGGCAAGGUCCUCCGCCCCGGCCAGGUUCUCAAGGUCGAGGGCGAGGGCAUGCCUCACAAGCGCGGUGAGGCCAAGGGUGAUCUGUACCUUGUUGUCAAGAUUGAGUUCCCCAAGGACGGCUGGCUCGAGAGUGACGACGACCACGAAGCGCUGAAGAAGCUUCUCCCUCCUCCAGGACCCCCUAUUGCUGCUGACGAAACUGAUGACGUCGAAUUCACGGACGAUGCGGACAUUGAAGAGAUGGGCGCACACCAAGGAGACCCCAGAUACAGCGGCGGGGAGUGGGAGGAAGACGAGGAUGACGGUGAGGGCGGCCCCCAGUGCGCUACCCAGUAAAGGAGCUUCAACUGUAGGACGGGAUUUUCGGCGGGCUGGGCGUUUGUCAAAAGACUGGACCAGACGGCUUCAGGAUUAGUCCACUGUCGUGGUCUACAACACCACAGAUUCAGUGAAAGACUGUGUCCCCUGAUCGCCCUCGGAUGCUGGGUCUGUUGAGGGCCAUGAUGAGGCACGUCACCAAGGAGACUUUCCUCAACAAGGGGAAAUAUCAAGCAUCGAUAGAUGAUAGCGUCAGGUCUUUAGGGGGCCGGCGCUGUUUUGUGAGGGUGAUGUAGCAUUUUUUCAGCAAGCACAUAGACUCAUAUUUUAUAAUGGAUCAUGGCUUUUCGGGGAUCAUAUCAUCCUCCAACUUCUCCUC